AUGCUCCUCCUCCUGCAAGAAAUACUUAAACUUUUAAAACAUCACAGUAAGAAGUUAAAAGAUAUCAAAAAAAGAAUAAUAAUAUUAUAUAAGUAGAUCAUGGAAAAGAAUUCUUAUUUGGUUAAAGUGGUAAAUGAAACUAAGUAUUAUGAGAUAGCAGUCACAUUAAAAGAAUUCAAACCAAAACUUGCUUAUGAUCCAAAUAACAGGAGAAAUAAAGAACUUUAUGGGAAUGAAAUUGCUAGAGAUAAUCUUCUCACCAAAGAGGUUAAUCUAGAAGCUUCUAAUCCUCAAAAAAUAAAAUUAACUUAAAAAUAAUAGGAUUAUAAUCCAAGCAAUAGAAAAUUGACGAAAAAUUAAUCGAGUGUUUUCGGCGAUAGUCCGAAGUAAUUUGAAGUGAAAUUGAUUUAGCAAUUAAAGGCUAAAAAAUUGAAAACCAAGAGCAUCUACCUUAAAUGGAGUACUUUUGAAGGUCAGAGUAUCAAUUAAGUGAAAGAAUUUGAUCCAGAAACAUUUGAGAAAAAUAGAAAGGAAGCUGAAUUGUAAUCCAGUGUGUUUGGUGAAAAAUCAAUUAAAGCAUAAAAUGUCUCAAUCUCAGAAUCAAAAGAGGAAUCUGAAACCAAUAAUGUAAGUAGAAAUUGUAACUUUAGCUCAAUCAGAACAACAACAAUCUUAAAAAUAAGAAAACCUAAAGAGAGAUUAAUUCCUAAUAAUUCAACCUGGCAAUAACUGGCUCUGUAAAAACAAGAGAGACUUUGA